CACAAAAGGACACACCAAUCAUCUCUACCUGCCCGUUGGCCCAAUAGCAGCCGACGGUACGGGCCCAGACAAAAAGCAAUCCCCGUCGGCCGUCGCGACAAAGACCACCGUUUCGUACAAACGGAGCGAGCCGAGCUAUAAAAAGCCCAACGAACCACCCGUCAGUCCCUCAUCAGAUCUCACCCUCCCUCCCACACAGGAUAAGAGAAAGACAAAGAGAGAAACAGACGCCGAUCAUGUCCACCGGUGCCGGGAAAACCGUCUGCGUCACCGGAGCCUCCGGCUACAUCGCCUCCUGGCUCGUCAAGCUCCUCCUCUCCCGCGGAUACACCGUCAAGGCCUCCGUCCGCGAUCCUAACGAUCCGAGGAAGACCGAGCACCUCCGCGCGCUCGAUGGAGCUUCCGAGCGGCUCCAGCUGUUCAAGGCGAACUUGCUCGAGGAAGGCUCGUUCGAUUCCGUCGUCCAGGGAUGCGACGGCGUCUUCCACACCGCUUCGCCUUUCUACCACGACGUCCAGGAUCCUCAGUUGCAGAAAGAAUUGAUUGAUCCGGCGGUGAAAGGAACGCUGAAUGUUCUCAAUUCGUGUGCUAAGACCCCGUCGAUCAAGCGAGUUGUUCUGACUUCUUCGAUUGCCGCGGUGGCUUACAACGGCAAACCACGGACGCCGGAAGUUGUGGUUGAUGAGACGUGGUUUUCUAACCCGGACUUCUGCAGGGAAACUAAGCUUUGGUAUGUGGUUUCAAAAACUCUGGCUGAGGAUGCUGCGUGGAAGCUUGCCAAGGAGAAAGGCAUGGACUUGGUUGCCAUAAACCCUGCCAUGGUCAUCGGCCCACUGUUGCAGCCAACCCUUAACACGAGUGCUGCAGCAGUUCUGAGCAUAAUGAAAGCAGGAGCUCAAACAUUCCCAAACGCAACAUUCGGUUGGGUACACGUGAAAGACGUGGCCGAGGCACACAUCAAGGCAUUCAAGAUUCCAUCCGCUAACGGAAGGUACUGCUUGGUUGAGAAAGUUGCUCACUACUCCGAAGUGGUGAACACCUUGAAGAAGCUCUACCCUAGCGUCCAACUCCCAGAAAAGUGUGCGGAUGACAAGCCUUACGUUCCGACGUAUCAAGUCUCCAAGGAAAAGGCGAAAUCUCUGGGGAUCGAGUUCAUCCCGCUGGAGGUGAGUCUCAAGGAGACGGUGGAAAGCUUGAAGGAGAAAGGCUUCGUCGCCUUGUGACAGAGCUCUCUCCAGACCAGCUAGAAAUGCAAAAUCAAAUAAAAUGUAGAGAUCCUCUCGAACUUGUCUGGAAAUCUCUGCCUUAGCUUCAGGAGUUUUCACCUUUGUACGUGUAGUAGUCAUUGUAGUAGCUCUUCCGGUUUCUUCUGAUGAUUCUCUGCUACUAUCAGGAUUCCGCGGCUUUAUCCAAUCGAUUAGUCCUCCUCUGCCUUGUGCUUUUUCAUCCUCUCUUGAUCAGUCUCUUGUUACAUUAAUACUCUUGGCUGAAUAGAUAGGCUACUAUCUAUUGAAUGAUUAGGCCCGGUUUCGUAGUUAGAAUGAAUUGAAACCGAGUCAUGGUCGAACCGAGACCGUUCUCUUGAACCAAUGG